AUGACAACCAAGAUGGCCAAUGAGCAAGACGGAUAUCUUGAUAAAGAAAGAAAAAAGUUGAAGGAACUUGUAAAUAGCAUCAUCCUUGGCAGUGAUGACACAGAAAAGCUACUCAAAUGGUUUAAGAAUCAGCGUAAAGGUAAGGAAAUGUUGAAGAACUACCGUGUCGAUGAUGAAACCUUGCUCCAUCUGGCCACCAAGUUCUACAAAGAUGCCGAUGUGGUGAAAAGCCUCAUCUCCCUUUGUCCCACACUGCUAACAGUGACAAAAGGCGGAAAAUACGAAGGCCAAACGGCACUGCACAUAGCGAUCAGCAAAGAAAACUGCAAGGCAGUUGAGGCGAUGGUCACACACACAGAGAAGCGCCACCUUCUCACCAUCCCAGCAACAGGAAGUCGGUUUCGAAACACAGUGAUGAUGGGCGAACUUCCACUGUCAGUAGCAGCGGCUACAUGUAACAACAACAUUGUGUUACAACUGAUUAACGCGGGUGCCAAGAUGAAUGCUCGGAACAGCUACGGUGACACAGUUUUCCACACUCUCGUGAAAUUCUCAUGCCUGCAUCCUGAUAAACUGGAAAAUUUUAUUAGCAUUAUGAAGACACUUAACGGCAAACUAGCAAAACGAUCGUGCGAGAAGAUUGAAGAGAUUAAAGACUUUUACUUUAAAGAAACUGACCCAGUGGCCAUCUGGUUUCUUCCAAACUACGAACACCUCACUCCACUGCAGCUGGCUAGCAAACUCGGACAGAUGGAAAUAUUCAACUUCAUCCUCAACCUAGAGGAUGUUUACUGCAGGCUCCAGGAUGAUGGCCUGUUCGAUAUCAAAAAGUAUGAUAUAACUGAGAUUGACCCUGUGGCUAUGCGGAAAUGCAUUUCAAGCAACAGAGAAACGAAAAGGUCAAAAAUAGUUCCACAGAACACAAACACAGAUCUAGUUCUUGAAGAUGUUAAUACAAAUCAAACCAGAUUUAACCGGUUGCCUGAUCCAAGAGAUUACCAAUCAGUCCUGGACAGGAUCAGUAAGACAGAGGUCGAAAAAGCAUUUCAAUUUCUUCUUCUACCAGUGAUCAGAUGCAUCAUUAAAGACAAGUGGUCGCUAUACCGGUGGUACUAUUACGCAUGGGCCAUCUUCCACCUGGUCCACAUGAGCACAAUGGCGUGGUAUGCCAUAGAACGAACCAGGCUCCUCAAUAUUAAAUCAUCACAAAACUCAACAAGUGCCAUGAAUUUCGAAACAUUAGUUAACUUAUUUACCUUCUUCAAUAUUAUGAUGCCCAUUCUGUAUGUCCUCUUUGAAUGUCGCCGCCGUCUGCUACAAAAACAAUUCUUUCAUCUGACCAACGUCCACCACAAUGGAACAUACCGUGUGCUGCUCAUUCUAUUUUCUUUGACUGCGUUCAUUGAUGCCAUCUGGUACAAGAUCCAGCCUGGUUCCAACUAUUUCCUCAUAUUCUCUGUUCUCACUGGAUGCUGGUUUCUCACGUUCUUUCUGCGAGCAUUCAAGACGUUCAGUUUCUUCACGGUCAUGAUUCACAAGAUCAUCUUCAGUGAUCUGAUCCGCUUCUCGGUCAUCAUCGGCCUGGAGCUGGUGUCGUUCACGGCCAUGAUCUACUUACUGUUUGUGAACUCGCAGCCGCCGGUCGACGAGUUCGGGUCGUACCAAAAGUCCCUGCUGACCCUCUUCAACCUGCUGCUGGGUCUAUCGGACAUCAAGGUCUUCAACCAGGCAGACGACCCCUGGCUGGCGGUCAUUUUGUUCACAAUUUUCGCACUGCUCACCUACGUGCUAAUGAUCAACGCUCUCAUUGCCAUGAUGUCACAAACAUGCGCACUAGUUUCGUCCAACAAACGCAUGCAGUGGCAGCUGCAACGACUGUCCAUCAUUCUGUUCAUUGAGAACACCGUUUUCCCAUUCAUGAGGAAGUGCAGUGGCCAGAAAAAAUAUGUGAGGCAUUUUGACAUGGAUCACAAGACAAUGAUAAAUGAGAAGAGAUAUUUUCUCGAGCUCGAUUAUCUUCAGACAAGCUACUCCAAGGCCGAGGCGAUAUUAGGAAGACGUGAUCAGACAAAAUCUAAAUACUUGAAAGAUACACUGCUGUCAGUCACUAGUACAGUACAAAGCACUGGACCACUAGAAGAGGUGAAAUUCGCGAUGACCAAAGUGACACAAUCAGCUGACCCAGUGAUAGGUGCAAACAGAUGGGAAAAAACUCCAACAGAGUUUUCUACAGACCUGCAGGAAAGAGACGAAAGAGGAGAAACUCCUGAGAUACCACAAGUAGAUAUAUCAAAAGUUUACAUAUGAUGAAUUUAUCAACAUCAUAAUUUACAUCCUGCAAAUGCCAGAUUAUUUUUAUUUUAAUUCCAUGAAUGAAAAAGGAAUGGUUACGACGACAACUAGGCACAUUUUAAACCAUGGCUAUGGCAUAUGGUCUAAACUAUGAGCUGAAACCUGCUGCCACCACAUAGGCUACUCCUACUGAAUAGCAGCAAGGAAUCUAUUAUAAGCAUAUUCCCAUAGACCGGACAACACGUACCAUACAGCAGGGAACAUUUUGUUCAGUAUCACCAUGUGAUUCACUACGCAAGUCUCAGAGAUAGCCAGCCAAUUUUAAAACAUUAAACAGUAGUUUCUAAUCAAUUUGUAAUUGACUAGAAAUAUUGCUAAUGAAAAUGUUCCUUGUACAGCCUGUUAUAGGAAUCAUGAGGCCCUGGAAGGGAUGGGAAAACUUCCUUGUAUCCAGCAAGGGGUAUCGAUACUACAUAUAACCCAUUACACUUCAAGCAAGCAUUCUGCUACCAUUUAGCUACACCCCACCUCCAGAGGGUCAUAAUUCAUAUCAAGUUAUCAUUCCUAAACGGUCAUAAUUCAUAUCACAACUAUGAAAUCUCCAAUGUAACUAUACUGAUGUCCAAAAGAAAUUAUACCAAGAAAAAAUUAUUUAAUUUCCUUUAUAAUUACUAUUUACAAAGUUUUAAAUAUUUCUCUCUUUUUUUCUUUUUUCUUUUACUUUUUAUGUUUUUCUUGUAUUUACUUUUCACUUCAUGUAUAUGAGACACAUACAACUUCAAGUCUGCCGAGCAUAAUACAUUGUUUAUUCCUAAUCUAUAUAUACUGACGAUACCAAAACACACGAGGGUAAUUAAUCUCUUCAUCAAGCAUUCUACUACCAUUUAGCUACACCCUAGCCCGAGUACUUGACUGUAAGAGAGCUAAACGGACAUUUGGACAUAAAUACGCUCUCAUUACAGUCAGAGACCAAGCUAUGUAUU